AUGGCCCCAGCACACCACCUUCCCUCACCCUCGUCCACCGUCUCCCUCUCCCCUCGCCAGACCUCGUCCCACGCCAUGGCUCGCCACUCUAGCUGCAACAGCAGCGAGGACGACCAGGAAGCCGCUCGCUCCGCCCUCGAGAUCCGCCGCGAGAAGAACCGCGUCAAGCAGCGUAACCUGCGUCAGCGCCGCGCUACCCAGAUGGCAGACCUCGAGACCACGGUCAACACCCUGCGCAGUAAGGCCCAUGACCUUGAGGACCGCCUCAGCAUGCUUGAGGCCCGUGAGGCCAGCCUCCAGGCUUGGGUCCGCGAGCUCGAGAGCGCCAUGAUCGCCCAAGGCCACCGCGAGCAGGUCGACACCCUUCGCCGCGUAUGGGGUCAGUCGGCAGGUAUGAUGCCUGCGCCCCACCACGCCCUCUCAGGCAUGGCCGAGAGCGUUGGUUCCCGCGCCGACCCCCUCGCGACCCUCGCGUCCGCCGCCUCGACCUUCCAGAACCCACGCGCCGCCGUCCACCCCUACCCCAUGCGGGCGCACGACGAUGACGAUGCCGCCUCGCGCAAGCGUAGACGUGACGACGACUACGAGUACAGCGCUGGUAACCGUGGUGACCGCCUCCCGUCUCCCAGCCGCAUGCGCAUUGCCGACCUGGUCCUUCCCCUCCCCCGGCCAACGAGCUCUGCACCCGUCCUGCACCAGCCUCAUCCAUACCAGGGCUGGUCGUCGCACCUCCCCGCAAUUGACCAGGGAUUUGCAAGCUACGAGGAGAAGCCGAGGAUCAAGACGGAUACACGCAACGUCACGCCCUCUGACCGCCGUCCUCUGUCGUCGUCGAGCAACAACACGGCACGCACAUGGUCGUCGCCUGUGCAGUCGUUCGAGAUCCGACUCUAG